AUGACAGUGCUGUGCACCACGCUGUCAUAUGCUUUUUUUGACGUCGAGGCCCUGCAGGGGAAAGUUCGCUUGAUCACAGAGAUGUACGACAGCGUCAAAGGUUUUGUGAAAAAGUUGGAACUUCGGGAGAAACAGCUAGCGUCGAAGGAUCUCUUUCACUUUCCUUGUCUAAAAGCCGUUGACUGCAAUAACGAGGAAACGCUUCGCACAUACUCGUCGGCAGUGUCGGUGCUGCGGCGUAAGUUCAUGUCAAGGUUUCAUGACUUUGAGAUCCUAGAGGCGACGUUUAAAUUGUACGCCGACCCAUUUUCAGUUUUUCCAGAAGACGUUAAGCCCGGGCUUCAAAUGGAACUAAUAGACUUCCAGUGCAAUUCCACAUUGCGACAAAAGUUUGACGAAAUCGGCCCUCGCGAGUUCUACAAAUAUGUAGACAGGAAGUCGUUUCACUGCCUGAUGUCUGACGUCAGCCGUGUUCUGUCGAUGUUUGGAGGCACAUGCGUAUGCGAGCAGUGUUUUUCAAUUAUGACUAUCAACAAGUCUAAGCUGAGGUCCCAGCUGUCUGAUGAUCAUCUUCGAGUCCAGUUGAGAAUUGCCACUGCGGUCAACCUACAAGUGGACAUCGGGAAUCUGGUGAGGAAGAAGGGGCCUCAAGUGUUGUCAGCACAUCAUUAG